UUUGGGCUCGACAACGAUUAGGAGAAAGCGGGACUCACAUCCCAUCCUGAAAGCCAGAGGACCGGCCGGACCCCUGCCUUGAUCUGAUCUAGCUACAACCUUUAUAGGCUGAAUACACGUUACAGUUGCUGUUCUUGGUCAUGGAUGAUUUUGUCCGUAACAAACUAACAGAAUGGGGUUUCAGCGAGUUGAAACAAAAAUUUGAAGAUGAAGGCAUUGACACCGAAAGUCUUUACGCUCUUGGGGAUCAAGAAAUCGCUGACUUGAUCCCAAAAGUGGGACCAAGGGCAAAAUUCAAGAGGAGACUCAAGUUGUUAAUGGAGGAACAAAACUCAACAAAUCUGGUACCAGCUAAUUCUCCUGCUCAGGAACAAAACUCAACAAAUCUGGUACCAGUUAAUUCUCCUGCUCAGGUUUUUCCAUCCACCAGUGACACCAGUGAUAAAGGGAAGAGAAAGUUGGAUCUUCUGGACGAGUGCAGCAAUUUGCAAUCACCGACAAGAAAACGACGACAUGACACUUACCCGGAAGAAACCAUACUCUGUGAUGUGAAAGAGAUCAUGAAGUUUGUCCAAAAGAAAAUACCUAACCAAGACAACAAACUCAAUAAAUUCCUAAAGAAGAAAAUACUUGAUUUGGAGACAGACAAGAGGGAGUUGAUCGGUGUCUUUGGUAAAACCGGGGCUGGAAAGAGCUCUCUGAUAAAUGCCGUCAUUGGAGUGAAGAAUCUCUUACCCUCUGGAAGUGUCAGUGCAUGUACAUCAGUCAUGAUUAAAGUCGAGGCUAACAAGGAGAACCAAAAAUAUGUGGCAGACAUUGAGUUUAUUACAAAAGAGGAUUGGAAAGAUGAGCUAUGGUCCUUGUUAAAUUUUCUCCGGGAUAAUGCAGAUCAGGAAAAUAGUCAGGAAGAGGAAGAGGAUUUUCAUGACACUGAGGAAAAGCUGUCAGCGCUGUAUGGAGAAGAAUGGAAGAACAAAUCUCCUGAGAACCUCAUGGAUAACAAAUAUUUCAAAGAAAUUCCAGAAUUUCUCGAUUCCAAGAAGAAGAGGCUGACGUGUGAAUCAGCUAAAGAGCUAUCUGCAAAAUUUGUCAAAUACACAAGAAGUGACUCAGAAGAUGGAGAAAGAAAGAGGUGGUACUGGCCACUAGUGAAGUGUGUAACUAUCAAGGUGCCCAAUAAUGAUCUUCUCCGGCAUAUCACACUUGUGGAUCUUCCUGGAAAUGGGGACCGUAACAGGAGCAGAGACAAGAUGUGGAAACAGGUUGUUGGAAGUUGUUCUACUGUGUGGAUUGUGACUGACAUAAAUCGAGCAGCAGCAGAGAGAGAACCUUGGGAAAUCCUGAAAAGUACCUGCAGUCUCAUGGGAAAUGGUGGCGAGUGUCAGCACAUUCACUUUAUCUGCACCAAGACAGAUGUUAUUGAAGAUUUGGAAUCUGAUGAUCAUUCAGCAGUUCGUGCUGUCAUACUUGACAAAAACAUGAAAGCCAAGAAACUAGUGAGAAAACAUUUCAGCAAAGUCCCCGAGGUUAAAAAACAUUUCAAUGAAGAAUGUUUCAAAGUGUUCACAGUGAGCUCCAAAGAGUUUCUAAAAAAGAAACGUCUGGACUCAGAUGACACUGAAAUACCCAAACUUCGAGCAUUUCUGAAAGAUCUCAAUGACUGUCACUCAGAGACAUUCAACUAUGUCUCUGGAGCUUUUGGGAUUCUCUCUCUGAUUCAAGGCGCCAGUCAAGAAGGGGCUGACAAAAGAACAGAUGUGUGCACAGUCCUUGUAGAAAAGAUGAAACGUGAUCUUGAUGAAGUCAGAAAACCCAUGCAAGAGACUUUGGAGGCUUUUGAAAAAUGCCUCAGUGAGGGGGUUGAAAAGUCAAAAGGUUCAUAUGAAAAAGUCUUGAAGUUGGUCUUACAUCCUAGAACUAUAAAAGGUGGAGCUUUCCACAAGAUAUUGAAGUGUGUAGUUGAGAACGGUGGCAUCCACAAACCAAAAAAAGGGAAACAAAUAAAUCUCAAUGGGAAGUUAGCUUCAUGCCUGGCUGACAGCAUUGACGAGGAAUUCAAGAAGACCUUCCCAAAUGAAGGAACAUGUGGACCAUUCAACGGGGCCCUCAAUAAGUUUUCACUUGACACUGAGAAGCUGAUUGAAAAGUACAAAGAUGUCAAACUGCAGCUGAUCUUUCUCCAGACAGAGGUCAAAAAAGUGAAGACAAAACUCAAAAAAAUCAUCCGGGAGCGUAAGAAAACGAUCUACAGCAGUCUGACGACGACAAUCGAGGAAUUCAUGCAAGAAUGCUAUGAUAAAGCAGCAGAGUUUCGUGGUGAGGGCUCUCUGAAAAACAUGAGGGAAACGAUUGAGAAGCAUGUACGUGAUGCAAAGAACAUCAUGUUUGAGCGGGCUAAAGAUGAAAUGACGAACCAGCUGAGAGACUUGAUGGAAGCGAUCCUAGAGGACCUGGAGAAAACAAUGCAGGAAUCAAUCGUGCUGUCACUCAGCACAGAUGGUGACUCAAUCCCAGAUGUUACAGAGGAGCUUCAGAUGGUGAAGAGCCACUACAAUGAACUGAUGGGAAACCCAAAUGAAGAACCAUCACAAACUUGUGCUGAACUACUCGGCCCAGCAUCUGCAGUGAUUGUGAUUCAAUGACAUGAAAAGGUUUGCUCCGUGGAGAGAAACAGCCGAGGCCAGAUUCCCCACUGAAGGUCCUGCAGACCCACUGGUUACUGACGUCAGGCCUCUGGAUUUGGUCUCAACCAUUUUAAUCAAGUUAUAUCUGUUCUCUUUGAGUGUUGUUUGGUGUAAAUACUGGAACAAUUAUUCCCACGCUGAUGCUGUGCCAGGUCUAAAUUAAUUAUUUCUACUUCAUUCAGACAUCAAAACAGUCAGUGAAUUUGGACAUGCUGGCUAGUACUUUUAUCAUUCGUUCCUUUGAUAUUUUCAGAAAUAUUCCAUGUCAUUCAUAUUUUCAGUUGGAAACUCCAUUUAAACUUUAAAAUGUUCCACAUCUUUCAUACAUUCCGGUUAGUAUUCAACUUUCAAAUCCAAUUAAAACUUACAAAACAAAAGGUUAAACUUCAUUUGAAGCUUAGUAAAAUUACCUCAAAUUUUUACAUUAGUGGUUGUGCUGACAGUUGUGCACAAACUACACUGGCAUAGGUAUCCCACAAUGCAAUGAGGUAUACACGUAUUGCUCAUAACAGAUAAACGGACAGCAACCAAGGCAGCUGUAUAACGUCAAAAACGCUUCAAUUUACAAUUCUACUUAUAACAUUUUUUGUCACAUGCGACUGCUGGAAUAGAUGCUUACCUUUUUAAGUAAUUUAAGAAUUAUUUGGCGAUGCCGCUAGAGCGGAGGUUGGCAGGGGUUGGCAGGGGUUGCCAUGAUUUGCGUUUCCAACCUGGCUUUUGUUUGAUAUGUAGUUUCGGAAAUAAAUGUUGUGCAUGUGAUGUGUUCAUACUAACACCAAGUCAGUUUAAUAGAGGAGAGAGAAGAUGGACUGUACAUCUUUCUGUUGCAAGCCGCAAACUGUCAAAUAAAACAGGCUUACGCCGCAGAAUGAAUAGUCAAAUACUCAUAUUGAAGAGCCAAAUCCAAUUUGACUGACAAAAGUCUGAGUUGGGUACAGCCCUAUUCUUCAUAGAUAAUUUACCAUUUUAACCUAGGAAAAUGUUUGCUCUUUCAUACAGUGUAUCUAUGGAAGAAAAACAGAUUUAGAUAUUAGAUAAGCCGGCAACAAAAACACUUGUCAACAUCCAGCAUUCAUUACACCACUAUUUCUAUUAUUUUACUAUUUUAAUAUUUUACAGUAUACUUGAGUGCAUGGUGGCUCAGUAAAAAUGUGAUUACAACAGACUGCUUUGGCAUGGAACCAUUAGCACGCA